AACAAAAAUUUGAUCGUCGAUACCGCCACUGAAUAUGGCGGAAUGCGCGGCGGAACUCUCGGAGCUCGAGAGGAAGCAGAGAACGAUCGACAAAGCGCCUUUUCGAAAUCUGAUCAUCAGCGAUACCACGAUAUUGGACAAAGUUGAGGGUAGGAUGCCGUGCGAGAGAUGUUUCGCCUCGCGGAAGUACUUCUGUUACCAUUGUUAUCUGCCCGUGAUUGAUCAGACGUAUUUUCCACGAGUGAAGUUGCCUAUUAAAAUAGACAUAGUUAAACAUCGUCGCGAGAUAGCUGGCAAGAGCACAGCUAUUCAUGCUGCGAUAUUGGCACCAGAGGAUGUGAAGAUCUACACAUAUCCACAGAUUCCUGAGAUAGACAAAGAGGAAACUAUUUUAAUUUUCCCUAGCAAAACCGCCAUACGAGUGGAGGAUCUUUUUAUGAGGGAAAAGACAAACAAUGAAGAGAGCCAAAAUCCUACCACAACGGAAAGGAUCAACACUGUGCUUCCUAUAAAAAGGGCUAUUUUUAUAGACAGCACAUGGCAGCAAACCAAAGAGAUAUAUAAAGAUACUAGGUUGAAUGGACUACGUUGUGUAGUUCUAAAGUCAAGGAUCUCUCAGUUCUGGCGAAAUCAAAAGAACUGUCCAAGAUGGUACUUGGCAACAAUUGAAGCGAUUCAUCAAUUUUUAGUGGAACUACAUACGUGUGCCUUUGGUGCUGUAGAGAAUUACGCUGAUUUAGAUGACUCUAUGGUAAAUAGAACACAAGACUUUGUGAUUCCCAAUGAAGAAUACUUAGAAACGUAUUUGCCAUUGGAUCUGAAAUACAACGGGCAAUACGACAAUCUUUUGUACUUCUUCAAAUAUAUGUAUGAUAAGAUUCACACUAUGUAUGAUCAUAACAAACUAUUAGCUUAUAGGAGACCACUUUUGUAAUUAUUUUAUCACUGUACAAUUUAUGACUGUACAACUGUACAACUGAUGACAAAAGCAACUAAUGAGUAGAUUUAUCAGUUAGCCUAGAUUGAAAAUAUUGUGUUUGGCUGUUAUUUCUCUUGCGUAAUUGAACACUAAGAGUGAAACCAGAAAUUGUCAUUCUACGUUAUGAGAGAAAUAACAAAGUCUUGAAAGAGUGCAAGUUUAUGUUCAUUAGAUUUAGAUAGGUUAGGAAUCCUAGGGACCUCAUACCGUCACUCGCAAUUGCACUCGCGACAAUUCUGACUCUUAUAUUCGUAUUGUAAGCAUCGAAAUAUGCGAUUAAAUGGCGUAAAAUCAUUAA